UUGCCGCCAUCACAUUCCCAUUUCCCCUUUCUCUCUCUAUAUUCAUUUUACUCAGAAAGAAGAAAGACCCUUUUGGUUGAUUUCUUCAAUUUUCUUGACUAAUUUCUUCCCUGGUUAUGAGACUAUUUUGGUACCCUUCUGUUUAAAAGGUAGUUGGAGUUUUUCCAAGAUCACCCUUUUCCGAAGAAAGAUUUUGAGUCGAAAAUUUGUUUACUUUUAACUGGAUUUUCGGCAUGGGUUUUUCUAAGAAGCUUCAAGUUGAAGGAGGGACGGAAUCAGAAUCAAAGAAAUGGUUGAUUUCUGGUAUACCUAUAUGGGCUCCAUUGAAAUCGAUAUCGACAAAACCUCAAGAGGGAUGUGAAGAUGAAGACGUCCGUUCGACAACUCCAACCGGAAGAGAAUCGAGGAUAGCGGAGAAACUGCGAUGCCCGCCCGCCCCACGGAAGCGCCGCCCUACCUCCUCCUGCCAUUUUAAUGGUGGUAGAGAUUUCUUUAAUCCUCCGGACUUGGAAUCCGUAUUUGUCCGCCAUGCCGAGAGAUCCAAUUGAAUUGAGAUUCAAGAUUCUGGAUUAAGGCCCUUUUCUUAAAUUUUAGUUUUUUUUUGCUUUUUAUCUAGUUACUUAUAAUUUUUAAGUUAGAUUAUUAUGUUAGUUCUCUGUAGUUUAGGGUUGCCGCUAUAGUAGUUUUAUGUACAAAAACAUUUAAUUUUUAUGAAUCAAUCAGCGUAUUAGCACUAAA